UUUACAGAUGAACGUCAAAAAAUUCUGUUUGUAAUUGUCAGCUGUUUUAAACUUAAACAUGAGAGCUCGGCUUUAAGUUCUAACGACAAAGCACGUGGAGGACAAGCACAAAUUAAAUAGGACGAACACUGUACAGAAAGUGUGCAUUUUUAGACGUAUUUUGUUUAGUAUUUUGUGGAUGUCGUCUGAAUGUUGAUGUGAUUGGAAGCUAUGAAUCAAAAAGUUGUCAAUGGUUAAAUUAAUUUAUAAAACCGCUCAUUCCAAAGUUACUGUGUGGCGCAACAUGGCAUCUACAAGCAGUGUCUUAAUGUAAGAAGUCAAACAUGGAUGAGGAAGAAGAUCUGGAGACACUUGGUGAGCAACUGUACACUCUGAUUUACCCCAAACACAAAGAGAAUGCUGGAAAACUCACAGCCUGGCUGUGCGUUCCAGGUAUGUUACUGGAGCUGCCAGGUCCUGUCCUGAGUCAGAUGCUGCACGACGAGGCCAAGCUGACCGCAGCUGUGGAGAAAGCUCUCAGAGCCCUGCAGCCGGCACAGGAGCCCAGCAAGGUAACAUGUAAGGACGAGGAUGAUGUGUCUGUGUCCUCUGACUCUCUGGGUGAGCAGCUGUUUGAGUUGGUGGAUGUUUACAACACCGGCCAUUCACAGAAAAUCACAGGGAUGCUUCUGGAGCAGCACAAAGAUGCAGUUUUGAACCUUCUUGCAGAUCCAAAACUGCUAGAGGAGCAGGUGAACUUCGCCCUGAAGAUACUUAAAGAGCAAAGCAUGGAGGAGACUGAUAUUAGUGAUUCGUCGGACGCUGAUGACACAGAGAGGCUGGGAGAGAAGCUGUUCGCACUGGUGGAGGAACUGGAUCCACUUCAUGCAAAUGAUAUCACAGGUAUGCUCCUGGAGAUGGACCCAGCUGCUCUCCAACAGCUGAUCAGUGACCACACAAUGCUGGAGGCUGCUGUGCAGAAAGCACAGGCAGCACUGGACACACAGAAUUAAACUCCCUGUGAUUGAACUACACCGUUUUCCACACAGAAUAACACAUGAAUGACUUUGACAAACUUGGAAAAUAUAAUGGAGUGAACUUACUGUUUGACUGGAUUUACUGUAAAUAAUUGAAGAGUCCAGUGAGCCACUUCUUAGCCAAUUACAUUGACAUUGUCCCUUUCUAAUACGGGUGCUCACUUUGCCAGUACGGGAUGGUCUAAAUGGACUGAACAUAAGUGCUGUUGUCUUAUUAGAAAUAUUUAUCAGUAUUGCUCCACCUGGGAGCCAAACUUCCACAACACGACAUCAGAAUCAUUGUGCUUGAUGGAAAUGUUUACAGCGGGCUGUAAGAGAGGAUUGUGAGUCUAUAAAAGAAGUGCUUAUCUAAGUGCUGCCAACAUUCCUGCUAUGAUUAUAUAUGAUUUUGUUUUUGUAUUGU